UGAAUGCGUCAGGACGAACGCAAAAAAUUGCGCAACUUUUUACGGAAACAGGAAAUGUAUUGUUAAAAAUUUAACACGAACUAUUGAACACUGCCUUCAAUACUCCAAAAAAUGUCCCCAUUACAGCAUUAUAUUGUGGCACUGUUAGUACUUGUUCCCUCGAUCAUCCCAGCCGAUACAUUUUUCGCUGUGGCAGGCCGAAAAGUGAAGCGAACGGGGACUUACUUGAAUGUACCACCGCCGCCACAACCGCAACCACAGCCUUCGCCCAGCGCAGCUGCGGCACACCACGUGGAACAGGAACCCUAUCCUUAUGAAGAUGUCAACGAACAUGACUUUCACUCUCAACCAGACAUAGCGCGCUACGAAACUGAUUUUACGCCCACACAAACGCAAACCCACGCACAUACCCAUUCGCAUGCUCUUGCUACCGCUUCCGGGGGCAAAUACCUCGUCGACAAUGGAUUGCGUAGCAUUGCCAAAGGUUCGGCAGACCAAGCGAAUUCUGCAGUCGCCAGCCAAAAUGCUGCAGGCAAGCAAGCUGCUUACGUGGCAAAAAGUACGCUUGCGCAAGCAGCGGCUCAAGCCGCUGGCACCGCAGUGGCCGUACUGAAAGGCAAGGAGGUGCUUCUGCGGCGGCUCGAAGAGCAAAACAUAGAUGAACACAAGUCAUUGGAAGGUGAAAUAACGCAGCUGCAGCAGGCGAAACGCUCCGCCAAGACGGCACAAUAUGCCGCACAACAGUCCAUAAAUCAUGUAUCUGUGCUGACAGCGGCCCUCAACAAUGCACAAUCCGCCUCGGAGUUGACACAGAGAGCAGCAUCAGAGGCGGCCGCAGAGUUGGCUUCACAAAUCGAUAUGGUUUCGCAAGCCAAGGCGAAGCUGGAGCAAUUAGAGUCGCAGCUCUACACAGCUCGUUUGGAUUAUGAGGAGACGAAGGAGGCGGCAGAAAAGGCAACACUGUCGGCACAGGAGGCGCAGAUCAACGCCAACGAUGCUGCAGUACAUGCGAAUGUGGGGCUGAGUGAGGCGGUGCAUGCGGGAGCGCAUGACAAGAGCGAUCACGUUGCGGCGACGGUAAUCGGCUCAAAUACCGCCACUGACCAAACGCAAAGCUACGGGCGUAAAAAGAAGUGAUUAAAUUGAGUGAUAAUGGAGUUGUUUUUGAGAGAUGCUAAGUUUUUGCUUUAAGGUUUUUCUACUCUAUUUAUUAAU